AUCGGAAAACAUACUCCCAUCCUCUCCCUUACACACACUCUCUAGCUGCUCUACGUAUAUGGGAAAAAGCGCCAAACAAAUUCGUAUUCUAAUCUCUUAAUCAUCGACCACCUUCAGGAGCAGAAUGGAUUUGCCCUUGGGCAGUGAGGAUCCUGCUAUACUUCAGUUACACAACUGGGACCCCUCGGAGACCCAAAUUGGGCUUUCGGACUAUCGCAAAGCUUUUCUUUCUCCUACGAGAGAGAUACUGCUUUUACAUUCCUAUCAAAAGGAAGCUCUCUUGCUUCCUCUGAAUAAAGGAGAGUCAUAUCUGAGUGGUCUGGCAAGUGGAUAUGAUUAUGACAAUAAUAAUCCAGGUUCAUCAACUCUUUCCCCUCAGGCAUUCACUAGGCCUAGUACAUCAGGUGUGGUGAAUGAUUUACCUUGCACUUCAGGAUCAGAAAUCGAUAUUGAUACUGAUCUUGCUGAAAUUAAAUGUUCAAGAUCUAGUAGUUACCCAUUCAUUAGUGAUGUGAACUCUUUGGCGUGGGCACAUUGUGGGGACAGCUAUGAUCAGCAUAGUGAUGCUUCAUUUAGAGAAUUUCUAUUUGUUUCUGGAAGAUGUGGGGUAACAGUCCACGCCUUUUCCAAACUGGCUAAAGCAAAUGAAAUGGUUCAAGCUGUAUUAGAGGGUAACUUUAGGCAAGGCAGGUGGGUGGAAUGGGGGCCUGUUGCGACAUCAACUCAAAAUAUGGAAGUGGGAGAGUCUUCCAGCCUUAGUCACGAAGUCUCUGGAGGCCGCCGGGAUGUAAAUGGGACUGGUGGAGAUGAUGGAGUUGAAUUGUUGAGAGGCUCUGCUGCUAAGAGAUACUUACAGUCAUUUUUCACUAAAGUUGAAACUAUUGUAUCUGAUGGUAAUCUCUGGAUCAAGUUCCCCGAGAAUAAUGAAUUCCCUUGCUCUGCAGAAGUGGUUUCUUUUAACAUAUUUGAUGGCAAUCUACCUCUGGACUAUCUCUUCAAAGAAAAAUCAGCCCAACGUAAGGAGAAUUGGCAGGAACUAGCUGAUUCAGUUGAAGAUGUGUCUGACCACUCAAGCGGAGCAGAUACUAAGUCUGAUUGUUUUUCCAAUGUAUUUGGUAUUGAGAUCAAUGGGUUCUAUGAAUGCCCCAGAGUGUUCUCGAGUGCUUCAUAUUGCUUGGUGGGAUUUUUUUUGACAUUAAUGCAUCACGUGUCUGUCAAUUUUAGUGAUGCAAAGCAAAGAGGCAGGAACAAAAAUUUAAUUCUUGUUGCCAAGUUAGACAGUUGGGGUAUUCAAUGGCUUUCAAUGGUGAAGCUUGAUGAAAGAAUAAACAUAGGUCUGGCAGUUGAGUGGAUGGAUUUCCAAUUUUCUGAUAGUCUUCUUGUCUGCCUUAAUUCUUCUGGCUUGAUUGUUCUGUAUUCUGCAAUGUCUGGUGAAUUUGUGACAUGUUUAAAUGUUUCACAGGCUUGUGGACUUAACCCUCGUUUUUAUUUGCAAGGGAUAGAAAAUUUGCCCUUGAGAGGUGAUACAGAUGUUAAACAAGAGUGUGGCAUUAAACAUAACUUGUCUGAUCAGUUCAGUGAUUCUUUUAGGAGAUCAUUCACAAGGUUAGUUGUUGCUUCACAUACCUCUCUUUUAGCCGUGGUUGAUGAAUGUGGUGUGAUCUAUGUGAUAUCUUUCGGUGAAUAUGUUCCUGAUAAAAAUUAUUUGUCUGAGAAGUUGCUUCCAUAUCAUCAGCAAUUAGGGCUGGGGAUGUUGGUUGGUUGGGGAGCUGGCGGUUCUAACAUAGACCGCCAGGUGGUAUACCCUAAUUUCUCUGGCUAUUGUCAAUCUAAUGAUUCAAACAUGAAGAAAGGAAGUGUUUCUUCCCCAGAUGUGGAGGGUAAAUUGCUUCAGAAAAUUGAUGGCUGCAUGUUUAAAGGAAAAGGGGACUUGUAUGGCUCCUACUCAAGCAGUUUUUCUGCUGCUUCUAAAAUAACUAACCAUAGAUUUCUUGGUUCUAAUAUGAAGUCACCUGUUAUGCGAAAGGUAUUCCUUCCCAAUUUUAGAGUCUGUGAGGAUGAUUCUAUUUGUUUUUCUCCUUUGGGAAUUACUAUUUUCUCUAAAAAGAAGUAUUUGAAGAAUCAGAAAGGUUGUCAACUUAUCCAUUUUGAUCUGCAAGUGAAGUUAGAUGUCCAUGAUGACACUUUCUUAGAUAGUGUAUAUGAUGUAUACCACUUUAAUGGAAAAGAAGAAGCUGUUAUUGGAGAAGCAGUUGGUUGCACGUUCCAAGGUUGUAUUUAUAUAGUUAGAGAAGGUGGUCUAUCAGUGUAUAUUCCCUCCAUUUCAAUUUUAUCAAAUUUUCUUCCUGUUGAAUACAUUGGUUAUCGUCAAUCAAGUAUGGAUAUGGGGAAUUCAGUUCUACUAAAAGACAAUGUGGAAAUCCAAAUACCAACCAGAAGGUUUUCUCCUUGGAAAGUUGAAAUUUUGGACAGAGUUCUUCUGUAUGAAGGCACUGAGGAGGCAGAUCGUUUGUGUUUGAAAAAUGGAUGGGACAUCAAAGUUGCUCGUAUUCGUCAGUUACAGAUAGCAUUGGACUACUUGAAAUUUGAUGAAAUUGAAAGAUCUUUGGAAAUGCUUGUGGAUGUGAAUCUAGCAGAAGAGGGGAUUUUGAGAUUGCUUUUUGCUGCAGUUUAUCUCAUACUUAAUAAAAGUGGCAAUGAUAGCGAAACUUCUGCUGCUUCGAGGCUUCUUGCACUGGCUACUUGCUUUGCAACAAAGAUGCUUCGUAAAUAUGGGUUGCUACAACAUAAAAAAGAUACAUGCAUAGCAGAGAGCUUUAACAAGACAGGAUUACUUUCUCUUCCCCCAAUUGAACCAGUUAAACUACAAAAUGAAGUGGAUUUUUCUCGAAAACUUUGUGAGAUGGCUCAUUUCUUGGAGAUCAUCCGAAAUCUGCAAUGUAGGCAUAGGUCAAUAUUCCAAAGGGCCAGUCAAGGAUUGGCUGACAUUGGAGAAGGGUCAUCUUUAAUGAUUACAGAAAUGUUGCAGGAAGAGUCCCAACUUUCAGUUAUUCCAUCAGAUUUAGUGUCGUUGGAUAUGUUGAACCAACGUGAACUUUCUUAUGGUGCAUCAGGCAGCGAAAAUAAUGAAAAUCUUGCACUGGUGCCUGUUGAUUCUGAGUCUCAUUUGAUCUCAGAGGAAUUUGGUCAGGUAUCUCAUUUUACCCCGUUAGGAGGAAUUUUGGGAAAGAAAGUUUUGCCUGUGGAAAAUCCAAGAGAGAUGAUGGCACGCUGGAAGGUAGAUAAUCUUGACCUUAAGACCAUGGUUAAAGAUGCUCUGCUCUCUGGUCGUCUCCCUUUGGCAGUUCUUCAACUGCAUCUUCAUCAGUUGGAAGAUUUCGUUGCUGACGAAGAGCCUCAUGAUACUUUUACUGAAGUUCGUGACAUUGGCAGAGCUGUUGCUUACGACUUAUUUUUGAAGGGUGAAACUGAACUUGCUGUUGCAACACUUCAAAGACUUGGAGAGAACAUUGAAUCAUGUCUUAAACAACUUUUGUUUGGCACUGUUAGGAGAUCUCUACGAGCCCAGGUUGCUGAGGAAAUGAAAAGAUAUGGUUAUCUAGGACCAUAUGAGCUGAAGAUAUUGGAAGAUAUGUCACUGAUUGAGAGUCUCUAUCCUAGCAGUAGCUUCUGGAAAACAUAUCAUCACCAGCUGAAAGAUACCAGUGUUCCAUCAGAAUCUGUUUCACCGGUAGAAAAUAGAUUAAGGCUCUUGCAUAACCAUUCAUUUGAUAGUUUUGUCAUUGAAUGUGGUGAGAUUGAUGGAAUUGUCUUGGAUUCGUGGAUGAAUAUUAAUGAAAGUUCCUCCCCUGUGGAAGUCAACGAAGAUGAUGCUCAUGUUGGAUAUUGGGCAGCUGCUGCUGUCUGGUUUGAUGCCUGGGAGCAAAGAACUGUUGAUCGUAUGAUAUUGAAUCAAUCUCUUCCUUUGGACAUUUCUUUAUUAUGGGAGUCACAACUUGAAUACCAUGUGUGCCGUAAUCACUGGAAAGAAGUCUUUGGACUGCUGGACUUGAUUCCUGCAUAUGUCCUAUCUGCUGGAAGUCUUCAACUGAAUUUGGAUGUUUUACAUCCUGCCUCGUCUUUAGCAUGCAAUAUGAAGUCUUCUAAUUAUGGAAGUUUCGUAUGCUCUCUUGAAGAAUUGGAUUCUGUCUGCAUGGAAGUUCCAGAUGUCCAAAUAUAUAGGUUAUCACCUGAUAUAUGCUCUGGGUGGAUAAGGAUGCUUGUGGAGGAAAAACUUGCACAAAGUUUUAUAUUUUUGAAGGAUUAUUGGGAAGGGACAUUGGAGAUGGUAGUUCUUUUGGCUCGUUCAGGUUUCAUAUCUGGCAGAGAUAAGAUCUGGUUGGAGGAUGAUCUUAUUGAGACUUCAUCAGUUAGAGAUGGAGCUGUACAAGCUUUCCAUAAAUUAUUUGUACAUCACUGUGCACAAUAUAGCCUGCCAAAUCUCUUGGACCUUUACCUUGAUCAUCAUAAUUUGGUCCUCGAUCAUGAUUCACUUUACGCAUUUCAGGAAACUGCAGUUGAUUAUGAAUGGGAAAGAUGGCUGCUCUUCUCUAGAGUUAAGGGCUGUGAAUACAAGGCCUCACUUGCCAAUGCUCGUUCAAUAAUGUCACGUAAUUUAGUACCAAGAAGUGACCUCAGUGUUUUGGAGGUAGAUGAAAUAAUUCGAACUGUUGAUGACAUUGCUGAAGGAGGGGGAGAAAUGGCAGCUCUGGCAACUCUGAUGCAUGCUGCUGUCCCGAUUGAAAGCUGCCUAAAUAGUGGUGCUGUGAAUAGGCAUAGUAGUUCCUCUGCCCAGUGCACAUUGGAGAACCUUAGACCUACUUUGCAAAGGUUCCCCACAUUGUGGCGCACGCUUGUAGGAGCAUGUCUUGGACAAGAUACAAUGGGCUUGUUGGUCCCUAAAGCAAAAACUGCUUUAUCAGAUUAUCUUAGUUGGCGUGACGACAUCUUCUUCUCUACCGGACGUGAUACUUCACUUUUACAAAUGCUUCCGUGCUGGUUUCCAAAGCCUAUACGAAGAUUGAUGCAACUUUAUGUCCAGGGUCCUCUUGGAUGCCAAUCAUUUUCAGGGUUCCCUACAGGGGAAACUUUGCUACAUAGAGACAUCGAUUUAUUCAUAAAUGCUGAUGUGCAUGCUGAGAUUAGUGCAAUCUCCUGGGAGGCAACUAUCCAAAAACACAUCGAAGAAGAACUACACGGUCCUCUACUUGAGGAAAAUGGAUUUGGGCUUGAGCACCAUUUGCAUCGUAGACGACCUUUAGCAGCUUUUAACCAAAUUCUUGGCCAUAGAGUUCAAAAUCUCAAGUCAGAAGAGGAAACCAGUACUUCGUUGACUCGUGAACAAAGUAACCUUCAAUCUGAUGUUCAGACACUUCUUUCACCACUAGGACCAAGCGAAGAGACUUUACUUUCAUCUGUUUUGCCAGUUGCUAUUAUGCAUUUUGAGGAUUCUAUGCUUGUCGCUUCAUGUGCUUUUCUUCUGGAACUAUGUGGUUUGUCCGCAAGCAAGAUGCGCACCGAUAUUGCUGUGCUAAAACGGAUAUCAUCUUUCCACAAAUCAAUUGAGAAUAAUGAAAAUCUCAGGCAAUUAUCACCUAAGGGAUCUGUGUUUCAUGCAAUAUCCCAUGAAGGUGAUGUAACAGAAUCUCUUGCUCGAGCUCUAGCCGAUGAAUAUUUGCACAAGGAUUCUCCUGUGAAUGGUACUGGGACAGGAGCUCCAAGUAAACGGCCUUCACGAGCUCUUAUGCUUGUCUUGCACCAUUUGGAAAAGGCAAGUCUUCCACGGUUGGUUGACGGAAGUACCUAUGGGUCAUGGAUAUUAACUGGAAAUGGUGAUGUAAAUGAGUUAAGAUCUCAACGAAAGGUUGCUAGCCAGCACUGGAGUUUGGUAACAAAUUUUUGUAGGUUGCACCAGCUUCCCCUAAGUACUAAGUACCUUGCUGUAUUAGCUAGAGACAAUGACUGGAUUGAAUUUUUGUCUGAAGCUCAGAUUGGAGGAUAUUCAUUUGAUACAGUAGUCCAAGUGGCAUCAAAGGAGUUUAGCGAUCCCCGUCUCAGACUUCACAUGUUGACAGUUUUGAAAGGAAUGCAGUCAAAGAAAAAGGCAAGCUCUGCAUCAUUCUUGGAUUCACUUGAGAAAGGCGGUGAAACAACCUUUCCUAGUGAAAACUCGUGUGUUCCUGUUGAACUCUUCCAAAUAUUAGCAGGGUGUGAAAAGCAAAAAUGUCCCGGAGAGGCUCUAUUGAUGAAAGCAAAAGAGUUGUCCUGGUCAUUAUUGGCAAUGGUUGCUUCAUGUUGCCAUGAUGUCUCUCCGUUGUCAUGCCUGACAGUUUGGUUGGAAAUUACUGCAGCAAGAGAAACUUCAUCCAUCAAGGUAAACGAUAUUGCUUCCCAGAUUGCAGGCAAUGUUGGAGCGGCUGUAAGUGCAACUAAUGCUCUGCCCGUAGGUGACAGAGUGCUUACAUUUCAUUACAAUAGGCAGAGUCCUAAACGUCGACGGUUAAUUACUCCCGUUUCAUUAGACUCCUCAGCUUUUGCAAUAUCUGACGUAUCAAGUGCUUCUGUAAGUGAAAUUGUUUUUGAUUCCCAUGGUAAGACAAGAGAGGACAAAACAAAAAUAGAACAUUCUGGAGACAUUAGUGUUGCAAGUGAUUCCGAUGAGGGGCCUGCUUCUCUUUCGAAAAUGGUUGCAGUGCUUUGUGAACAACAAUUGUUCUUGCCUUUGCUAAGGGCGUUUGAGAUGUUCCUUCCAUCAUGCCCCUUGCUGCCGUUCAUCCGUGCUCUUCAGGCAUUUUCGCAAAUGCGCCUCUCAGAAGCUUCUGCACAUUUGGGUUCCUUUUCUGCACGAAUUAAGGAAGAACCAAUGUACUUACCGACAAAUGUAGGAAGAGAAGGGCAGAUUGGGACAUCAUGGAUUAGUUCUACCGCUUCAACAGCAGCUGAUGCUGUGCUUUCAACCUGCCCUUCUCCUUAUGAAAAAAGAUGCUUACUACAACUUCUUGCUGCCACUGACUUUGGUGAUGGUGGAUAUGCUGCGGCAUACUAUCGAAGGGUUUAUUGGAAAAUUAAUUUAGCAGAGCCUUUACUUCGUAAAGAUGGUGAGUUGCAUUUAGGCAAUGAAACUUCAGAUGAUGCUUCACUAUUGUCUGCACUAGAAAAAAGUAGGCAAUGGGAGCUGGCAAGGAACUGGGCCAAGCAGUUGGAGGCCAGUGGCACACCCUGGAAAUCGGCUAUGCAUCAUGUUACUGAAUCUCAGGCCGAAUCUAUGGUAGCUGAAUGGAAGGAGUUUCUUUGGGAUGUGCCAGAAGAGAGGGUUGCUUUAUGGAGCCACUGCCACACUCUAUUCAUCAGAUAUUCCUUCCCUUCUCUUCAAGCUGGGCUAUUUUUUCUUAAACAUGCCGAAGCUGUUGAGAAAGAUCUUCCUGCAAGGGAGCUUCAUGAGGUUUUAUUGCUUUCUCUGCAGUGGCUAAGUGGGAUGAUAAGUCUUUCGAACCCUGUCUGUCCUUUGCAUCUUCUGCGUGAAAUUGAAACCAAAGUAUGGCUCUUAGCCGUUGAGUCAGAGACUCAGGUGAAGAGCGAAGGAGACUUCAAUUUUACCCUUUCUAUCAGGGAGAAUGCUACCAAGAAUGACUCCAGUAUUAUUGACCGAACUGCAAGUAUAAUCUCAAAGAUGGACAACCAUAUAAAUUCAAUGAGGAAUAGAACUGUAGAAAAAUACGAAUCCAGUAACCAAAUCCCUCACAAGAAUCAAGUGGCGGAUGCUGGUCUUUCAACUACUUUUGGUGGGAGUACAAAGACAAAAAGAAGAGGCAAAGGAUACAUGGCAUCAAGACGCCCGCCUCUUGAAUCAGCGGAUAAAAGUGCUGAUACUGACGAUGGCUCUGGUACCCCCAGUUUCAAAAAUGAGCUUCAGUUGCAAGAAGAAAACUUAAAAGUGGAAAUGUCUUUUUCUAGGUGGGAGGAAAGGGUUGGAGCAGCAGAGCUGCAAAGGGCUGUACUUUCUUUGUUGGAAUUUGGGCAAAUAACUGCCGCCAAGCAACUACAAUUUAAGUUCUCUCCUGGACAAAUACCAUCGGAGUUUAGACUUGUCGAUGCAGCCUUGAAGCUUGCUGCUAUUUCAACUCCUCCAAGCAAUGUAUCCGUGUCAAUGCUUGAUGAGGAAGUGCGUUCAAUUAUGCAGUCGUAUGGUAUGCUGAAUGAUAAGCACCAUGUUAACCCACUGCAGGUUUUGGAGAGUUUGGUGUCCAUUUUUACUGAAGGCAGUGGGCGUGGGCUAUGUAGGAGAAUAAUAGCAGUUAUAAAAGCUGCAAACACCUUGGGCCUCUCAUUUUUUGAGGCGUUCAACAAGCAACCAAUUGAACUACUACAGCUGCUUUCUCUUAAAGCACAAGAGUCCUUUGAGGAGGCAAACUUUUUGGUGCAGACUCAUCCGAUGCCAGCUGCAAGUAUUGCUCAAAUACUUGCAGAAUCUUUCCUAAAGGGUGUGUUGGCAGCGCAUCGUGGAGGAUAUAUGGAUUCACAAAAGGAGGAAGGUCCUGCUAUGGAUUCACAAAAGGAGGAAGGACCUGAUCCACUGCUGUGGAGAUUUUCAGACUUCUUGAAGUGGGCGGAGCUUUGUCCCUCCGAACCAGAAAUCGGGCAUGCUUUAAUGCGUUUGGUGAUUACUGGACAAGAAAUACCACAUGCGUGUGAGGUUGAGCUGCUUAUUCUGUCCCACCACUUCUACAAAUCAUCGGCUUGCCUUGAUGGAGUUGAUGUUCUUGUAGCCCUUGCUGCAACUAGGGUCGAUGCUUAUGUCUUGGAGGGUGAUUUUCCAUGUUUGGCUCGCCUAAUAACUGGAGUUGGAAAUUUUCAUGCUCUUAAUUUCAUUCUCGGCAUUCUUAUAGAAAAUGGUCAAUUAGAUCUUCUUCUUCAGAAAUAUUCUGCUGCUGCAGACACAAACACAGGCACUGCUGAGGCUGUCAGAGGAUUUCGAAUGGCUGUUCUUACAUCUUUGAAGCAUUUCAACCCUAAUGAUCUGGAUGCCUUUGCCAUGGUCUACAAUCAUUUUGAUAUGAAACAUGAGACAGCUGCUCUUUUAGAGUCACGUGCAGAGCAAUCAUGUGAGCAGUGGUUUCGCCGCUAUAACAAGGACCAGAAUGAAGACUUGUUGGAUUCCAUGCGCUACUUCAUUGAAGCUGCUGAAGUUCACUCUUCCAUCGAUGCUGGCAAUAAAACACGUAGGGAUUGUGCUCAGGCCUCCCUUCUGUCCCUUCAAAUACGAAUGCCAGAUUUCCAGUGGCUAUAUCUAUCAGAAACCAAUGCUAGACGAGCGUUAGUUGAGCAGUCUCGUUUUCAAGAAGCUCUAAUUGUAGCUGAAGCCUAUAACCUGAACCAGCCAGGUGAGUGGGCUUUGGUACUCUGGAACCAGAUGCUCAAACCUGAAGUAUUGGAGGAGUUUGUGGCUGAAUUUGUAGCAGUUCUACCUCUUCAGCCUUCAAUGUUGAUUGAUUUAGCUAGAUUCUAUAGAGCUGAAGUGGCUGCCAGAGGGGACCAAUCUAAUUUCUCUGUCUGGCUCACAGGGGGAGGGUUGCCAGCUGAAUGGGCUAAAUAUUUAGGAAGAUCAUUCAGGUGCUUACUGAAGCGGACAAGGGAUUUGAGGUUGCGGAUGCAGUUGGCUACAUUGGCAACUGGAUUUGGGGAUGUACUUGAUGCAUGCUCGGAAGAAAUGGAUAAAGUCCCUGACAAUGCAGCACCUCUAGUGCUGAGGAAGGGUCAUGGUGGAGCUUACCUUCCUUUAAUGUGAAAUUUCUACUGUAGAUCUUCAUAAUGAUUGGACAAACCACAUAGUACAGGAAAUUGGUUCUUAACCUUGACCUGUUGCGGGUUUUAAAACAGUUGGUGUUAUUGCUGCAAACAUGGAAGGGUGCUGAACAGAAACCUAAAAGACUGGACGAAAUGAGAAUUGGAUGGUUAGUUGAUAAAACUGAGAGUUCUAUAUAUAUGUGUAUUUCGUGGUGAGUAAAUGCUUGAUGGUUGUAUAUGAAGCCAACUGUAUCUGUAGCUCAUUCUUGUAAACACCAUUCUAGUUUGGUUUUCUCCAUUUUUUGCAGGGAGGAGAGUUAGUUUAUUGUCGGUUUUGAGGCCAGUAGAGUAGAAUGUCCCAUUGGUUUCUAUUUCUGUUUUUUUGUUUUGUUUUUCCCUUCAAAAUGUAUAGUUGUUCCUGUAGAUCAAUAUUAAAAUCCAUUUGCCAU